AUGAAGGUACGAAGCUUUCUGCUGUUGGAUAGAUACACCUACACUAGCGCUGCCACGCCCGCGCGACUGCCGCUCAUCUGCUGCCCGCCUGCAGGCUGCUCCGACCUGUGCACAUCAGCCAGGCUCAGGGAGAUUGGCAGGAGUAAGAGGGGGCAGCUUUCGAUAAGUGAUAGCAAUCAUCACGUCACUGAGGCGAUCGGAGACAUGUAUGGCGACGAUGACUACUCGAAAAGCGAUUCUAGGCCAUUAAGCUUUAUAACCUCUCCUACACCUGAGUCGCAUGAAUCCAAGCUGUUCGUAGCUUCACCUCUCAAUCAGACUAUGGAAGCUGGCAAUACGUAUUUUGAUGAUUCCGACAAGCCACGUGCGAAACCCUCACCACACACGAAUGGAAACAAGGGGAAGAAGGCACAAAUAUCUUCAGCAAUGUUACCAUCUCCAAGAAGCCCGUCUUCCAACCCAGGGGACCUGUCGCCAACGUUCUCAAUGCGGGAUAGGAGAUCUUCAGAUACAGCCAACGCGCAAUUCCCACUCAACAACGUUGAUUAUGAGAGCGACCCAGCGGCAGUCGCCCAGGAACUCAGCAAUCUGCAGGCUCUGCGGCGCAUGUCUAUGGAUGUCGGCAACACGAGCGAUCCUGAUCUGCCGUCAUUUCAAAGCGCAUCUCCCAUGCCCUCCAUAGCUCCUACCGGUGACGACGAUGAAGAUGAUCCCUCCAGACUGUUCUGGGUGCCUGCCAGAGUCCACCCAGAAUUGGCUCCUAUGGAAUUCAAGACCUUCUUGGAGAAUAGGGUGCAAUCAAUCAAGCGGCGGUCUGGAGAACAACAAACUCUCUCACUAGAUGGAAUUCAGCGAAGUGGUUCUGGCAGUAGUCUGCGAAGGAAGAAAUCGAUGCUGUGCAGACAAAUAGACAACGACGGAGGGAGGGGAGCAGUGGGAUACAAAGAUGGUGCAGAUCAGCUGGAGCGGAGGAAAUCCCUUGAAACAAAUAAAAUGGCAGAGCUGAAGAUCUCGGACCUAAAAGAAUUGGAUGCCAAUCGUCAAACCCAGACUGGAGAAGUAAUUGAUGAAGAUAAACCAAUACUACCGCAAGCACCAGGCGUCGGUCUAAGAAGAUCAAGGCACACAACCUACCGGAGAGGCAGUCUGAGGAAAGAAGGAAGGGGAUCAAGAAAGACUGGAAUCUUCCGAGGAGCAGACACAGACGGAGAAGAAUCGCCAUUUUCGCCCAACUCGCCCCCGAUAGAUAGCUUGAUUGGAAAUCCCCUGACGAGAGUGCAAUCAGAACCAGCAAUUACGGAGAACUUCUCUCGUCCCAAUCGUAAUGCGCGCAGAUUACAAAGCACCUCGCAGACAAGCUAUCACACGGGCGCGGUAGAAGACAAGGCUGAUGAUACUGGAAAGUCUGAUAUUUCGAUGAUAAAUACUGGCUCUGAGACUCCAGCACUAUCGCCAGGGUCCGUGCCAAAGAGCAGCACAGUCUCUAGGAAUGAUGCUCCUGUACCUCGGAUUAUAGAAACCCCCCCAGCAGAAGAAGUUCCAGAGCCACCUCUUGCCAGACAACCCCCCCACUUACUGGAUAGAUCUUCUUCACAGGGACCUGUUCGCACACCUCAGCCAGCGCAAAUUAGCCCUGAACCUCCGGCCAGAUCAAACAAGCGGCCUACCAUGGAGAGGCAGAAUUCUGGUGCGCAACUGACCUCAAAGACUGCCCCGCCACUGAAAGAUAUGGCCUCUCAACCCUCGCCUCUUCCUGGAAACCAUGCAAGAACAGAUGCUCUCACUAUUAAUCCUACGUCCGAAGAAAGAAAACCAGAGAAGAAGUCAAAGAAAGACAAGGAUGAGUCGGAAGUUUCUGCGCCCAGAAAGACAAGCUGGGGCUGGUUUAAAGGCAGCGACGAGAAGGAGAAAAGGAAAAAGGAAGAAGAUCAGAAACGAGGCAAGUCCAAAGUUUCCGUGGACAAUGCUCGUUUGGAUGUCCUACAGUCAACACUGGACACUGCAGCUCCUAGAGGCCGCGAAAGAGGGCGAGAAAGCUUGUUGAUGGAAAGAGAUAACUCGGACUACAAGUUACAAGACGAAAGGAAGAAGGAGAGCAGUCGCAAGUCUUCGGAUUCCAAAAAAGAGAAAGACGGCCUGUUCUCGUCAUUGUUUGGUGGUGGAAAGAAAAAGAGUGAUCGAGACUCCGGGGGAAAGAAAAGCAGCUCACUUCGCACCCUUUCUCCGGAUCCACCCCCACGUCAACUCAAACCGGACAUAGAUUACAACUGGACUCGCUUCUCGAUCCUGGAAGAGCGGGCAAUCUAUAGGAUGGCACAUAUCAAGUUGGCAAACCCUCGGCGUGCAUUGUACAGUCAAGUCCUCCUGAGUAACUUCAUGUACUCCUAUCUGGCGAAAGUUCAACAAAUGCAUCCUCAAAUGCAGAUUCCUCAGUCAGCUAUGCAGAAGAAGCAAGAGGCAGAUCGAAAGGCGAAGGAGCUAGAACAACAACGCCAGCAGCAGCAGCAGCAGGAAGGGGGGGAGCAAUACAGAUACGACUAUCAUCAGGGUAUCACUCAGUAUGCAGAGCCUACGCACGAUGCUCAAGCUGAGGGCGUUGAUUAUGUCGAUGAUUCUCAAAUAUACAACUAUGAUCACCCGCAAUCUGCUCCAGGCCAAAGCUCCAAUCGACGACCACAAUCCCGAGCCUCACAACAUACCCAACAAGAAAACGGCUAUGGUGACCAAAGCCAGUACGAUCGAAAUGGCCAGGACUACUACCAGCAGCAGCCUAAACGCAAGGACGACAAUGACGACGACAACGAUGAAAUGUGGUAG